CUCCGUCUUCCUCACCCACCCCCUUUCUCUCUAUCUCCAUCGUCCCCACACCUCCAGUCUGCUUCUGUUGUCUCGGCGGAUUGUUGUGCCGUGGGAGAGGGGAGAGGAUAUCGCGAGUAUUGGAGUUUUGGUGAGAGUUUGUGGAAGAUGGCGCCUGUUGUGACAGGGAAGUUUGGGGAGCGCCCUCAGCCACAGCGCCUGACAAGAGAAGCGAUGAGGAAUUAUCUGAAGGAGCGAGGUGACCAAACCGUCAUGAUCCUGCAUGCAAAAGUUGCACAGAAGUCCUAUGGGAAUGAAAAAAGGUUCUUCUGCCCUCCUCCCUGCGUGUAUCUGAUGGGCAGUGGCUGGAAGAAAAAGAAGGAACAGAUGGAGCGAGACGGCUGCUCUGACCAGGAGUCGCAGCCUUGUGCCUUCAUCGGCAUCGGCAACAGCGACCAAGAAAUGCAGCAGCUCAACUUAGAGGGAAAGAAUUAUUGCACAGCCAAAACCUUGUACAUAUCCGACUCCGACAAGAGAAAGCACUUCAUGUUAUCGGUCAAGAUGUUCUACGGCAACAGCGCAGACAUCGGCGUCUUCCUCAGCAAGAGGAUCAAAGUCAUCUCCAAGCCCUCCAAAAAGAAGCAGUCCCUCAAAAACGCUGACUUGUGCAUUGCAUCAGGGACCAAGGUGGCUCUGUUCAACCGACUGCGCUCCCAAACAGUCAGCACACGUUAUCUACACGUGGAGGGUGGCAACUUCCACGCCAGCUCCCAGCAGUGGGGCGCUUUUUACAUCCACCUGUUGGACGAUGAGGAGUCAGAAGGAGAAGAGUUCACUGUGAGAGACGGUUACAUUCACUACGGCCAGACAGUCAAGCUGGUGUGCUCUGUCACCGGCAUGGCUCUUCCCAGACUGAUCAUCCGGAAGGUGGACAAGCAGACGGCGCUGCUGGACGCUGACGACCCGGUCUCCCAGCUCCACAAGUGUGCCUUCUACCUGAAGGACACAGAGCGCAUGUACCUGUGCCUUUCCCAAGAAAGGAUCAUCCAGUUUCAAGCCACUCCAUGCCCCAAGGAGCCGAACAAGGAGAUGAUCAACGACGGCGCCUCGUGGACAAUCAUCAGCACAGACAAGGCUGAGUACACUUUCUACGAGGGCAUGGGCCCCGUGCUCUCGCCCGUCACCCCCGUGCCUGUGGUCGAGAGCUUACAGCUAAACGGAGGAGGAGACGUCGCCAUGCUGGAGCUGACGGGACAGAACUUCACUCCAAAUCUGCGGGUUUGGUUUGGGGAUGUCGAGGCUGAGACUAUGUACAGGUGUGCAGAAAGCAUGCUGUGCGUGGUUCCCGACAUCUCCGCCUUCCGCGAGGGCUGGCGCUGGGUGCGGCAGCCCGUCCAGGUGCCCGUGACGCUGGUGAGGAACGACGGCAUCAUCUACUCCACCACGCUGACCUUCACCUACACGCCGGAGCCGGGGCCGCGGCCGCACUGUAGCGCCGCCGGGGCCAUCCUGCGGGCGGGAAACGCCAGCCUGCUGAGCAGCGGCCAGGAGGCCAGCUCCAGCGUGUACGGCCCCAACAGCACCUCCGGCGCCGGAGUCACGUCCUCGUCCUCCACCGCCGCCGCCGUGGUGUCCUAACACACGCUGGGCGCCCCCCUCGUUACAGUAUGCCUUGAGAGCAAAUAUACCACGAGGUAUACGAAGACUAUAGGAAAUAAACCGAAACUGACUCACUCUGAAGUGCUGCGUAUCAAGUUUGGCUGCAAAAAAAAAGCUGAAAUGGAAACGCCGGCGGGACAAAGGAUCAAACGGGGGAGGGGGGGCAUUCGAAAGAGUGACAUCGAGAAGGUGUGGGCUGACGCAGAAGUGUCCUCGACACCCCCCACCACCUCCCCACCUCCCCCGUGGUUACUUCAAGGACCUGCCUGUCUAGUCCUGGUGUCUGGAAAGAGUGGAGUUCCUGCAGGCUCAGAGCACCAGCACCUUCCUUCAGCUGUGAGAAACCACAACAACAAUACAUCCACCGAGCAAAAGCAAAAAGAUAAACAAAAGAGAGCCUUGAAUGGGGGGGGGGAACAUACUUUUGUGCUGCCCUGCUUCCACCCGAACCCUUCAUCCUCUUGUUUUUUAACGAUUCCUCCCGUUUCUAAGUUGUUUUGCGCCGAACCCUCGAGGAGGCUGGAUGUAUUGUUGUUGACGGAGUCAGAGGAUGCAGAGGGACACACGAAAACGUGACAAUUACAUAGUUUUUAUGGACCAAUGAUCUUGUAUAAGCUUUAGUAAAGGUACAUUUUUCUCCAUACCUUUUUUUUGUAUUAAACAUAUAGUACACUUUUGUUACCAAAUAGUUUCUAUUCUUCCUCUGAGCUUGGGCUUUGGUUUUCCCUGUUUGAGGUCCAAAUUUCCAGCCUGUAUGUUAUCGCGAUCUUACUACAAACGCCUGCUUUUCAGUCUUUGGAUUGAUUCUUUUGUUUUGAUACUCUUGCGUACUCUUCGUUUUGGGGAAAAUCUGAAGUCUGGUUUGUUUUAUUUACAUAAGCGAAGGUUGUGUUUUUUGUUUUUGUUCUUUUUCUUGAAUGGGGAAUAACCUCAGAGGGCCUAUUUUUUAUCAUUGGUUUUUAUGAAGUCUUUAAAAAGAAAAGCUUUAAGCAACGCCUCUGCCUUGCCUACGAUACUCAAUGUGCGCUACGUCUCCUGGAAAGUAUACACAGCAGUACAUCUCACACGGAGCCAUAGCUACAUUUGCAGAAUAUGUGAAAAACAAAAAAAAGAAAAGAAAACGAGUCCGUUUGCCAUUUUCAACCUUAUGUAAUAAGCGUAAUCAUUAACUUAAAAGGAUAGCCUUAGUACUGUAUACCCUUACUGUGUACACAGUUGAAGAAGUCACAUAUCUAACACCCUAUAUUUGUCGCUCACUUCUAGCAUAUCAAAACAUCGUAGUGAAACUCGUCUCCAACAGAACCAUCGUGGUGUCUUCCAGUGUGUGUGUGUGUGUGUGUGUGCGCUCUACUUCUGGUGGCAUUAAUAUCUGAUGGUUUUCCAAAAGAGAAAAAAAAGAAAAAGAAAUAGGAGAUAGAUGGACUCUUUAAUCUGAUGUGGCCUUACUGAAAACUUAAAAUACAAAAAAAAAAAAUGAGAAAAAAAAAUCACCUUUUCCUUAUCUGCUGUUUACUUGCAUCGGGGGAGGCCGUGCAGACCCAGUGCAUCGCUUCUCCGUCGCCAGACUCCAGAAAACACCUUUUUCUUGCAAAAAGCAGCCUUCUGAAGGACGUCUGAUCCUUCUUCUUGCUGUACGCCCCCCUCCCUUCCCCCCCAGUGUUUCUCUAACUCUCAUUGGUACAAUGUCUCACGAGCGCUGUAAGCUCUUUUCAGCCUUUUUUUUUUAAAUUGAAAAAUAUCCUGUGGUUUACUGUCUCUGCAGAACCAAGUGUGUGUACAUUAUGAACUCACUGUCCAACUCGUUGCACUCAUACAUGUUCAUGGCGACUCCGUCUCCCGCGGGAGCAUAAAGGCCUUCUCAAUGUGUGUUAUUAAUUGAACAUGUGCAUUUCCAAACAGCAAUAUUGUACAGGUCAUUUCAUCAUGUUUUCCUUUUAUUCUCUUAAAUCUGCCUGAGCACUAGUUCACCAGCCAGCAAAUUCGUUUGUACGUGAGUGUGUGUCUUUUUCAAAUCGUCGCUGUGACGACGAGAGUCAGACUCGCUCCAGUUGAAAGUGUUUUCCAGCUCCUGUCCAAGAAAAAAAAGAAAACGAUUGGGUCUUUAGUUUGUUUCUGAUGUCUUCCACCUGGAACCAAAUGUCUGCUAAACUGCGGGGAAACACUCGUUCAAAGGCAAUACUUGUGAUCUCGAGACUACAGUACGACUGUAAACGCUUCGGGGAAGAAGAACAAUACUGUAACUUGAAUGUCUGCUGAAUCUAAAUGAAGAAUUUCAGAAUGAUGUUACUUUGCGAUAGGAACAGAAAAGGAUUCGCUUGCACCCCUGUCAAUGUUUAGAAAUAAGAGAGAAAAAAAGAAUUAAGUUAUGCCCCCAUUUUUAACAUCCUUGCCCAUCUGUUUGUCAUUCAUGUUAAAUGUUUUAUAUUGUAAUAUUGAUAUUUUUAAAUUAUUGGUACAAAGUCUCCCCUUGUUUUAUUUAAAACGGGGGGAAAAAAGUGGAAAAAAACUUUAAAAAAAAAGGAAAAAGUGGUAAAAAAAGAAAAGAAAAAGAAAAAAAAGUGCAUUAUCGCCCCGCUGCCUCGGUGGGCUGAGGGAGUGUAGGGUUUGUUUUUGUUUUGUUGUUUUUUUCUCUCCGCUUCCUUCCGGUCCUGGAGCGGUGGAGGACUUCCAGGUGCUGCAGCUUCAUGUAGCAUCAGAACCGAGUCGCUUCUUCACACCGAACCCUUUACUCUGCGAGGAGAACAACCUUCACUGUACAUGUUUAACACACGACUGUUUUUAGUUUUUAUUUUAUUUUUUCAUUUUUGUUCUUGUUUUUUUUCCCCCUACGUCUUCUAAAAUCAGCAAGUUUCCCGCGCAUCCUCCGCGCUGGCGUCACACCUCCCA